UGGAGAUCCUCAAACCCACCAUCCUUUAGAGCCUUUUUAUCAUUCUUAAAGAGCUUUCAGAGAAUCUAAAGCUAAAGAACAAAGAAUUCAUUCCAAGCCAUUUAACUCAUAAUCCUUGGUUGAAAGAUGAUUUACUGAAGUGCAAACCAUUGUCUGGGUGAUAUAUUCAAAGAGCCAUUUAUGAACCUGAUAACGUCCAUGUAUAUAUUCAUCUUUUUCUUAUUGAUAGUCCAAACAGGCAGUGAAAAUCCACACACCAGAUCUCCAUCAGGUCAAAACACCAGCAGACAGGGAGAGGGAAACUCUACAACAGAUGCCAGCAUCAUAGUAAGCACACAUAAUGCACCUGAUGAUGGGUCCACCACCACCCAUCCUCCAAAUGCAGUUGCUACAUCUAAUGUUAUCCAAAACUCUACAGCCAACCAACCUCUCAGUGCAGUGAGUACUUCUGCUGCUGGUUUGGGUAGUACAGCCACCAGCUCCAACAGUUCUUCAGCGAAUACAGCUGAAGGUCUGAGUAGUACAACUAUCAGCAACAAAAACUCUUCAGUGAACACCUCUGCUAGUUUGGGUAGUACAGUCAUCAGCUACAGCAAUUCUUCAGCGUCACCAACCAGUACAGUGAGUACUACUGCUGCUGGUUUGGGUAGUACAGCCACUAGCUCCAACAGUUAUUCAGUGAAUAACUCUGAAACUAAUUCAGCAUCACCAACCAGUACAGUGAACACCUCUGCUAGUUUGGGUAGUACAGUCAUCAGCUACACCAAUUCUUCAGUUCCUUCUUUAACCUGCUUUAAUGUCACUUCAAACAACCAAGGGAAAAGUUUGGAAUAUCAUGCCCUGAGUAACAUAUGCAAACUAAUUCAAAGCUGUUUGACUGGAAACGUUCUGUUUUAUGUCAUCCUUCCUACAUCAGAGGAUGGAACAGGAAAAGCUAAAAGCAGCAGUUCUAUUUCUAAUUCUCUUGUGAUCAUUGUAAAAGUCAAUGAAACUUGUCCUGUAAGCCUUCCUGCAAAUUUUAUGAAUCCUCCAAUUAAUAUAGGCAAGUGUCUGGACUCAAAUUACUCCUUACGGUUUGAGGAUUAUCCACUAAAAGAUGUCAAAAAUGUAACUUGUAAUCAUAAUGGAUCUACAAACAAUUCAACUGAUGUAACUACCACAGCUCCUGCUGCAACAGAUAAGUGA